CGCGCCAGGAGAAAACAUGGCGUCGAAGGGACUCCGUCAGCGUAACAGACGGGGAAGCAAACAAGACGCCAGCAGCUCGGGUAGUCCGGCUGUCAACGAAAACCGGGCCUUAAAGGAUGAAAAAGGCGUCGAAGACAGUAAAACCACCGAGUCGAGAAAUGAGUCCUCCAGUAAGGCAGGUCAGGUUUGGGCUCCUGAAGGCUCCACUGCUUUCAAGUGCCUGGUGUCGGCUCGCUUCUGCGCCGCUUUGCUCAGCAACAUCUCCGACUGUGACGAGACCUUUAACUACUGGGAGCCGACUCACUACCUGUUGUAUGGGAAAGGGAUGCAGACAUGGGAAUAUUCCCCCGUCUAUGCCAUUCGCUCCUACGCGUACCUGUGGCUGCAUGCCCUUCCUGCGUGCUUUCAUGCCAAGAUACUUCAAACCAACAAGGUCCUUGUAUUUUACUUCCUCCGCUGUGUGCUAGCAUUCAUCUGUUGUGUGUGCGAACUCUACUUCUACAAGGCGGUCUGUAAGAAGUUUGGCCUGCACGUCGCCAGGCUCAUGCUAGCCUUCUUGGUUCUAAGCGCAGGGAUGUUCUGCUCCUCUGCAGCAUUCCUGCCUAGCACGUUCUGUAUGUACAGCACGGUGGUUGCAAUGACUGGCUGGUUCCAAGGGCGACCGAGUCUGGCCAUACUGGGCAUAGCAGCUGGCGCCAUUGUAGGCUGGCCCUUUAGCGCUCUGCUCGGCUUCCCCAUUGCGUUUGACCUCCUCUUGGUGAAGAAGAAAUGGAAAAGUUUCAUCACAUGGACACUAGUGGCCCUUGUGCUCUUUCUGGUCCCGGUUGUCGUGGUGGACAGUUAUUACUAUGGCAAGCUGGUGGUCGCACCUCUUAAUAUAAUACUCUACAAUGUCUUCACUCCUCAUGGGCCAGAUCUUUAUGGUACGGAGCCUUGGCACUACUAUUUUGUGAACGGGUUCCUCAACUUCAACAUUGUGUUUGUGCUGGCGCUGUUCUCACUUCCUCUCACUGCUCUCAUGGAGGGUCUGCUACAGCGCUUCAACGUGCAGAACCUCGGCCGUCCAUAUUGGCUCACCCUGUCUCCCAUGUACCUCUGGAUGCUCAUUUUCUUCACACGUCCCCACAAGGAGGAGCGCUUCCUGUUUCCCAUCUACCCCCUCAUCUGCCUGUGUGGCGCUGUGGCUCUUUCCUCUCUCCAGAAAUGCUACCACUUCAUGUUUCAGCGCUAUCGUUUGGAGCACUACACCAUCUCCUCCAACUGGCUGGCUCUGGCUUCCGUUGUUCUCUUUGGUGUGCUCUCUCUCUCCCGUUCGGUGGCUCUUUUCCGAGGUUAUCACGCUCCCCUGGAUUUGUAUCCCGAGUUCCAUCGCAUUGCCAAAGACCCGUCCAUCCACACGGUACCAGAGGGCCGGGCGGUGAGCGUGUGUGUGGGUAAGGAGUGGUACCGCUUCCCCAGCAGCUUCCUCCUGCCCAACAACUGGCAGCUCCAGUUCAUCCAGUCAGAGUUUAGAGGGCAGCUCCCGAAGCCCUUCGCCUCAGGCCUGGAUGCUACACGUCUCAUCCCGACGGAUAUGAACGACCAGAAUCUAGAGGAGCCAUCUCGAUAUGUGGAUGUGAAGCACUGCCACUAUCUGGUGGACCUGGCCACAGACAACGAAGCCCCACGAGAACCGCUCUACGCAGCUAACAAAGAUGAGUGGAGCAUCAUCGCAGAAAAACCCUUCCUAGAUGCUUCAAAGUCCUCCAGGUUCUACAGGGCGUUCUUCAUUCCGUUCCUAUCUGAGCAGUACACCAGUUAUAGCAGAUACGUCAUCCUGAAACCACGGCGAGCGAAACACAGCAGGAGACGAACACAGCCCUGACGCCUCAUCUAGUCGCUCAUCCUCAUUACGUUCCUUAUUUGCUUCUCCCUUUAGCAGAUUUACUGCACCUCUGGAAAAACAAUCUCAUUGUGUUUCAUGUGUGUGUGAGAUAUCAGCAUGGAAUCGUUGGAGCCAUUUUGCACACCGAUCAUCUUGCAUCAUUCGAUAUGACAUCUUUCAUCACAGAUCCCUCCAUUUUCCUUCACACCACGCUGUAUCUUUCUGAGCAGAGGAUCAUUUGCUCAACAGCCCCUUUAAGGAUCUUUGAAUUAUUCUCCCUGUGCAUGUCCAUGUAGUAUCGACCUGGUCUUGGACAAUGAACUGAACUCGUCUCAGGUCUUGGGUAACGUCCAUAGUUUUGUUGCAAUUCGGUCAGUGUGCCGUAUACAUACAUGGGCUUGUGUGUCCUGUCCCUUCUCCAGCAGAGGAAGAAACAACACCCAGUGUUCUGAUUGCUCUGAUCAGUGGGAUGUCAGUAUCAGUGAUGUCCUGGGGGGGAGGAGGGGGGCAUCAUCUCAGUGUUCAGUGUGUGAUCAAGUCAAAUAAAGAACAUCUUGUUGAA